CAAACCCGUUGUAAUAGAUUUUUGAUGGACAUCCAAACCGAAUAAAUCCAAACCCGAACUCACUAAUGGAUUCCAUUGCGAGGCCGCUCGCGUGGGAAACGUUCCUCACCGCAGCAUUGACCUCAUUCCCACGUGACAGCCCUUCGCCACGCUGGCAGUCCCUUAUAAUUCUACCACGUACCGCCGUUUCUAUUCAGACUCCGAGCCCGUCUCCUCACCGUCAAAGGCAAAAAAUGGCCGGGAACUCGCCGGAACCCGGUAUUGUGCCCGAGUUUUCCGGCGAUCUGAAAGAACUUUACGCUAUAUGCGACGCCGAAGACGAGAUUUCUCCGGAGAUAGGCGAGGAGAUGGUAGAGAGGGUGAUGCACGAGCUCCUGAAAGAGAUCACCGGCGCCGGCAGUCUACCGCCGUCGCCGUCGGGGGGAUUCAUGGUCAGCGAGAGCUGCGGGCCGGCGGCGCUUUCUGGGUCGGGCUCGACCGUCAUGGCCGGCAUUGAGUUGAGCUGCUGCAGCGGCGCGCGGGCUCUCUCUGGUUUCCCGGCGGGUCAAUGCGGCGGGAACGGGUCUGGCGUGGAAGAGAGAGUGGCAGGAGAAAUGCAGUACACAACCGUGCGAGGCGGUGGUGAAGGCUGUGGCGGAAUAUUUCCCGACGAAGAUGAGUGGCUCACCGUGUUUCUUAGCUAUUCCCCGCCGGAGCUUGAUGAAUGGUUUUGAACCCUUCCCGGGGGGUGCCGGUACGGGUGUUUGUUUUUACUGGCCUAAUCUCGUGAAAAAUGUGAGGUGAUUGACUUUGUUUCAAGAAUACUCCAUCCCCUCCGUCCCAAAAUAAAAAUCUUGUUCGAUUACUAUUAUAUUUAAUUUUCUUUUUGAACAUAGCAUUAUACUCCGUAUUUAAUAAAGUUAUUUACAAAUU